AUUGAAAGUAUCAUGUUGAAAAAUAAUGGGUUUCCAAAAGAAGUGUCGACUGAAUACAAAUAUUACGGACAAAACAUACGACCGAUUUUCUCUUAUGUCAUCAUCCUCCGACCCUUCACAGAAGCUCAACGUCCGCCGUUCCGGCGUCACAAUCUGAGAGGCAUUUUUUUUUGCCUUUUCUUCUGUGUCAAUUUCAAAUCUGACCUGAUUGAAACCCAUCAAUGACGGACUAUUUUCCCGAGGAACUGUUGAUUGAAAUUCUCUCGAGGGUUCCUGCCAAAUCCCUGGUUCGUUUUCUCUUAGUUUCGAAAUCAUGGUAUUCGUUGAUUAGAAGCCCUAGUUUUAUUACUACCCAGCUCAAGAACGUCCGUCUAGGUGAAAUCCCAGGUAGUUCUUCUCUUUUGCUCUUGAGACGCUUCAAUAUUUUAGGAAAGAUAGAGCAGUUUAUUAUAUAUCCGGAUGAUAAUGAUGAAUCGGAGGCUGUUGGUAGGGAAGUCGAUGACAUGGAUAUGGAUUCUGCUACCAAAUCUACCGACGUUGAAUUCCCUUUGAAAUCAAUUGUUGGGUAUCAUAGACUUGUUGGUACUUGUGAUGGGUUAGUUUGCUUAGCUGAUGAUUUUUUCUCCAGAGCAAGGGCCGUCUAUUUAUGGAACCCUACCGUUCGGAAUUGUUUAGAAUUACCAUCCCCAACCAUUGAUCCUUCAUUUCCUCAUUCGUGGGUGUUAGGAUUUGGAGUUGAUAUUCUUGGUGAUUAUAAAGUGGUGAGGAUUGUGUACGGUAGAGAGGACUUGGAUCCUGAUUUGGAUUAUAGUUUACCUCCUUGGGUGGAAAUCUUUAGUCUUAAUACAGGGUUUUGGAGGAGGAUAGAGAAUGUUUCAAUCAAUUCUUAUGUUACUGAUUUUAAGUGGUCGCAAGCGUUUCUGAAUGGUGCAUUGCAUUGGAUUUCUUAUUGUCGCCUUAGCAAUACUGAUGGGGUUCCAGUCAGUAGUUUGAUUUUAAGAUUUCAUAUGGAUGAUGAAUCAUUCAAUGAGAUCAAUCUACCGCAUGAACUGACUUGUAUGCCUCCCUUAGAUUUAGCUGUUAGUGUUUACGAGGGUCUUCUUUCAGUGAUUGCCUAUCACAGCGCAGAGAAUCGCAGUAAUUGUUCCCUUUGGGUCAUGAGAAGAUAUGGAGUUUCAGAGUCGUGGACCAGGCUGUUUACGGUUCAAUUAGGGGAAGGCAUAGAAAAAGUUGUGAGGUUUAGGAAGAACAGUAGUGUUCUUGCGGUGAGGAGAGACGAGCUGGUUAUCUUUGAUCCCAAGACUAGUGAGAUCCAAGAGCUUGGAAUGUGUGGGGCCAAGAGGUCAUUUUGUAUUAAUAAUUUUGAAGAGACACUAAUUUUGCUGGGAAGGCAAAAUGUAGCUGUUGAGGAAGAACGAUGGAGAUGGGGGGAAUGAUUGGGAAGAAAGUAACAGAAGUGAGGGUGACAUCUGUGGACAGGGAAGUCUUCUACCUAGAUGAGGACACUUCAUUCCCCCCUGAAGAAGGGAUUGUGGAUAUUGAGGAUUUAAUAAAUUUGGGUUGACAAGAUGUGGAUGUAGGAUGGAAAAAAUUGUGGUUGUGGAACAGAACCUGUAUACCAAAGGUCAAAAGUCAUAGUUGGCUUAUCAGUAUCCUCUCAUGAAGACUAAACAGUACUUUAUUCAUCCUUCCGACUUAUGUUUCUUUUCAGUUUGAUAUAGCUAGAUGUAAAACCAAUGCUAGCUCACCGCUUUGCUUAUAGAUACCUCGUGUUGGGGACACAAAUGCCCUGAGAAAUGUAAUCUUAAAUCACCCUAAUAUUGUUAUAUUGUCUACUUCAAGUGAUUAAUGUAGCAUUAAGCUUAAUUUUUCUUGCCUAUCGCUCUUUACUAUACCAUUCGUAGUGUUUUUGUAACUUUUUCGCAUUCUACCAUAUUACUCCCUCAAAAUUAUUUUCAGUUUGAAUUUUCAUUUUUAGUACAAUUUGAACUAAAAUUAAAAUUCGAAGUAAAAAACCGGGACAGGAGUACUCUCUUAUGGUCAUACCUCAUGAUUAUAUUUGUUGUUGCAGGAUUAUUGAGGGUACGACUGAACUUUCAUGAGUCUGAGAGAGCAACUCGGAAAGCAACCCUAAACCCUAAACCUUGACUGAACUUUCAUGAGUUUGAGUGAGCAACUGCUCGGAAUCAACCACAGCUGAUGAUUUUUUUGUGUCCUUUAUGGUGAGUAUGUAAAAUGCACUACGUCAAUUUUGGAGUUCAAGUUUGUUGAAUAUGAUAACUUGGAGUUUAAAUUUGUAACAGUACUUUGCAAUCUUUCCUUCCCGUCUCUUAAUGAGCUGGUAUUCAUUAGUGUACUGUAAUAAGUGGGAAUUUAUUUGCUUGCCCAUGUGAUGCGGGCUGAAGCAUGAAAAGAAGAAACACUAUUUUGAUUCAUGAUCACCAUAAAAAAAGAAGGCAAUGGUUUUUAGACAAAAACUAAUAAAAAUCAUAACACAG